AUGACACACAGCUUCCGAGAUCUGCUAGUGGGCAUUGCACACCACCGAGAGGCUACCAAACAAGAACAAAUUAUGAAACAGGAGGCACUGAACAGCACAGAUGCAACGACUCCAGAGAGACCCUUAUCUCCACCCUUCACGGCCCCACCAAGUAUGAAGUCUGCAGAAUUCUUUGAAAUGCUUGAAAAAAUGCAGGGUCCAAAAUCAGAAGAACAGAAGGGUGGAGGCCAAAAAAACAAGGAGGACUAUAUCCCCUAUUCCAGCAUUGAUGAGGAUCAUUUAAAUUUUUACUGCACAGCCAGCAGCCUGGGGAAUUUGAUCCUUUCCAUUAAAUGCGAAGAGGCAGAUGGAAUUGAAUAUCUACGGAUUAUUCUCAGGUCCAAAGUAAAAACAUUACACGAAAGAAUCCCUUUAGCUGGACUCAGCAAGCUGCCAAACAUUCCACAGAUUGCAAAGGCCUUCUGUGACGACGCCACUGGAUUAAAGUUUCACCCCGUGCUGUAUCCCAAGGCAUCACAAUUGAUAGUAUCCUACGAUGAACAUGAACUUAACAACACAUUCAAGUUUGGGGUGAUUUACCAGAAGUUUAAGCAAACACAGGAAGAAGAAUUGUUUGGGAACAAUGAAGAGAGUCCUGCCUUCCAAAACUUCUUGAACUUGUUGGGAGAAACCAUUACACUACAGGAUUUCAAGGGAGAAGAUGGAAAAAGUAUAAAGAAUAAAAUAUAUUUGGAUAUAAAACUUCUCAGGCUGGUUAAGGAUACUCUUCAACGGAAAAGACACAUUGGCAAUGACAUUGUGGCUAUUAUAUUCCAAGACGAAAAUACUCCCUUUGUUCCAGAUAUGAUUGCUUCAAAUUUUCUGCACGCCUAUAUUGUCGUCCAGGCAGAAAAUCCAGAAAUGGAUAAUACGUCCUAUAAAGUAGCUGUCACAGCACGAGAAGAUGUCCCGUCUUUCGGUCCUUCACUGCCGAGCCCACCUGUAUUCCAAAAAAAUGCAGAAUUCCGAGAGUUUCUUCUCACCAAGCUGAUCAAUGCAGAAAAUUCUUGCUGUAAGUCGGACAAGUUUGCCAAGCUUGAGGAUCGAACACGGGCUGCCUUGUUGGACAACUUGCACGAUGAACUCCACGUCCACACGCAGCUGAUGUUGGGCCUAGGAUCUGAGGAAGACAAGCUGGAGAACGGUGGACACGGUGGAUUCUUGGAAUCGUUUAAGAGAGCGAUCCGAGUCCGCAGCCACUCCAUGGAAACCAUGGUAGGAAGCCAGAAGAAGCAACCGCCUGGAGGAAUCCCUGGAAGUUUGAGUGGAGGGAUUGUGCACAACAGUGUUGAAGUAACCAAGACCACCUUCUCGCCUCCAUUAGCAGCAGCAACAGCCAAGAAUCAAUCAAGGAGUCCUAUAAAGAGACGAUCGGGCUUAUUUCCCCGUUUGCACACUGGAUCGGAAAGCCAAGCAGAACCCCGGAGCCGAUGUGACAGUGGCUCAGGAACACCCAAGACCCCCGAUGGAGGGCAUUCCUCCCUUGAUAUGAAGUCAGAGGCUUCCUCGAACCCAAGCUCUCCGGAAAUCUGUCCCAACAAAGAGAGGCCUUUCAUUAAACUCAAAGAGAAUGGAAAGUCAAAUAUUUCCCGUUCGUCCUCAAGUACCAGCAGUUUCAGCAGCACUGCAGGAGAGAGUGAAAAUAUGGAAGAAUAUGAAAGCCUGGGCAGCCAGUCCUCAACUGCGUCGCCAUAUAAACAAGAUGUAUUUGUUUACAGUCCUUCCCAAAGCAUCGAGAAUCCAAAUUUAGCAUCAGCUUCAACCCCUGUUAUCAUGAGCAGGAGCCCCACUGAUAUAAAAAGCAGAAAUUCUCCAAGAUCAAAUCUAAAAUUUCGCUUUGAUAAACUUAGCCAUUCAAGCUCUGGCCCGAAGAAGCUGGAGCUAGCAGAACAGACUGAAGAAUGA